UUGGUUUAAAAUCCUUCGAAACCUUUUCAACCAAUCCAAUGCAGUUUUCAUUGAAACUUGCCACGUAACAAUCAAAUGCGCGUGGACGUCACUGCGCGCUUCCGGGAACUGGCCCCAGCGCGGCCCCACUCGUCUACAAGACGGCCAAAUGCCUUCUUCAUUGAAGCUACCGAUUUGGUGCGUUGAUAAAUCCGAAAUUCCGGUCGAAUUCGUCCCGCUACGAGAAAAAAUACAAUAUUUUAGGAUACCCCACUGUAUAUUCCGAAGUUUUUCUAACAAAUUAUUACAUUUCUUCUCUUAACAGUUGAGCAGCUUGCAGGAGAUGGAGAAGCUGCUACGCCGCGUGAAGCCCAAAUAUUUGUUGCCCAAGUGCUUUGUCCGGACAAAAGGGUCCCAAAUGAGCGAGGAGGACAAGGACGAGCUGGACGCAGACCUGGUGGAGCUCAUCAAAAGCUGCAGCAGCAGAAUCGACGCACUCAAGGCGACAAUGGAAGCCCAAAAUCUUGUGACCUCUGAAGGGGAAUAUCAGAGAGAAGUGGUAACCUACUUGCUUGAGCGGUUGAAAACUGUCGCUGAUAAUGCGAAGCAGAUGCAGAAGAAGAGAUACCAGCAGCCGUUUCUACUGUCAUCCCGGCUGCUGCCUGAAGACGACCGGCAAGAAUUGGAUGCAUUGGAGCAGAAGAUUGUGCAGAUGAGGAAGGAAGAGGCUAAGAAGAAACAGACCGCUGUUGCCUCUCCAAAGAAUGCCGAAGCUCCGCCGCUCUCACCACCAAAAUCACCCAUAGCAUCACCUCGUGCUGGCUCUUUAUCGCCACUGGCUCCGUCGUCACCAGUGAAGCUAGCAAAGCCAGAAUUCUGCCGGUGCACCGCCUCGAAGGCACGACAAGCACGGCAAACAGUUCAGCAAGCCCCAGUGUUUGCUUCACAAAACGACGACCUUGAGUUCACGGAAGAGGAAGACCGUCGUUUCCGUGUUGAAAACGUGAUGCUGCAUCGUCACUUCCAAGAAAACCUCGAGGAUGCCAAAAAAAUGGAGUCGAAGAUGGCCGAGAUUUCCAACUUAAUGGGUCAAUUCGCGGACAAAAUCAUGGAGCAGCAGACUGAUAUUGAGCUUAUCCAACAACAUGCUCAAGAGACAAAGUCCAACAUCACUCAGAGUAAUCGCAUUCUGGAGCAGACUCAGAAGAUCGGGAAAGGCUACGGCUUCAUGAUCUUCUGUUUCUACGUGGGCUUCUCCGUUCUCCUGCACAUGCUGCACUACUUUAACAGCUAAAAUACACGCGGUAGAGCUCUGAACUGCGGGACACGUGGCUAAUCUAUGUACUCUGCGUGACUUUAGAUCGCAUCGACAGCUUCCUGACUCAGCCCUUCAUAACACGUGAGUCCGUCAGCAUUCAACAGAUCAUCCCGUGCUCCUUUGUCCAUCAAGUAUUUCAUCAGGUCUUGGAAGCCGUACUCGUGGCAGUAGUGGAGCAGCGACUGGCCAUUCAAGUUCUGCGUAUUGAUGUCAGCUCCACGACGCAGACACAGCUUGGCGAUGCGUUUGUUGUUGUUCUGACAGGCCACGGACAGCAGCGUGUUGCCUGUAGCAUCUUUGGCGUCGAUACCGAUAGACCAGUCCGGACUAUUGAGAAGCAGCUCGACUUCGUCGUAUUUCCCGUGUCGACAAAGACUGAAGAUUGUAUCCAGCUGCUCGGAUUCUUUGACGGCUUGAGAGACGGCGUCGCGCUUCUCUACUACCGGUAUGGGUUUGGUACUGACUGGUUGAGCGGUGUCUGUAGCGGUCUGGACGAGUUCUGGACGCUGCAUGAGGUCCUCGAUGAACUGCGUGCUGAAGACUGACCGACCGGCAGUCCACGGGGAAAAUCCGAUCGAUAGCCACUCGUCCAGAGCUCCACGAGGUCGCACGAUGCCGACACUUGUCGGUUGAUUCAUAUUCUUGAUGAUUGGGAGAUAAUUGGCCUGCAUUUGACAAGUUUUGGUACUGGUGACGGCUGCUACGAAGUCUUUGGGAAGACAAGCAACGCGUUGGUGUAGAGCGCCACCGAAGCCUUCGACUGCUGUUUGGCUCUCACUGGAUGCGUCAACAGGCUUGCGGAUCCAAGAUGUGCCCUCUCCUGGCGGUGGAUGGGUCUGAUAGCCCGGUGUCUUCUUGCCAAUAUGAGGAGGUGUUUCACUAUACUCAACGUCAUCCGGAGUUGGAGAGAUAUCCACCGAUGCAGCCACGGAAUAUCCGCUUCUUGAAGACAACCGAGACGUCGCUAUGGAGCUCGUCUCGGACCUCGACGAACCGGGUUCUUCGUCGUCUUCGUCCAAUUCGUCGACAUCAAUGGUGUUCUGGCUUUGGAGUUUUCGAGCGAGUUCGGACCGCGCAGAGCGGACAGCUAGUGCAGGUUUUGAUGGAGAUGCGCUUUGCUGCUGGACACGCAUGCCAAGCCCCAUUCCAAGUCCGAUUCCAAGCUGCAACAUGUCGACACUGGCGCCUUUAGCCGCUCCACCAAGCGCUUGUGUGAUACUGUCGAUCAUCUGCUUUGUACUAGAAUCGAAUGCCAUCGUCGCGUCCUCCGGUUCGGUGGAAGCUCCAGCGAUCUGUACACUUGACUUGGCUGAACUUGCUGAAGACGCUCUACUGGCAGCAAUGCUACUGCGUUGUGGACGUUUCAAGGAGAUUUGUGGUACUUGAAUACGCGUGAGUUCGUUCCCAGUAGAAACCGGUUUUGACCUUUUGGAGGUGAGAUCGACGACAAUAUCGUGCUUCUUGGCACUUGCAGUCACGAGUUUCACGCGACGUUCUUUGUCUUCUGGGGCCUCCAUCUUCUUACUCAUAUACUUGCGAAGAUUUUGCUGCGAAUACCGUGCAUCUCCGCUGUUUGUGACGCCGACUCCAAGUGUAGCCACUUCGCCUUCUCCUGUCGUGAUGACCCCAUCAAUAUCGCCGUCUUUACCUCGAUACUUCUCGACUGGUAGAACGGGACGUGUCCAGAACGUAUCGCCCGUGUUGCGAUCAUACCAGUACGCUACGCCGUCUUCAGUGACAAACUCAUCGUACGGAUUGUUCUGCAUAUACGCCCAGCUACGAUACACAACACUAGAGCAGGCUCCAAGCGCACCUUCCGGGUUCGAGUUCUUCAUAAAGUCACCGGGUUGUUGUCUACCGAGCGUUGUGAACGCUUGAGGCUGAUUCCGACUGGAUUGGCCAAUCCAAAGCAAGUCAAUGAACUCCACUGGAGUAUUCUCUCGAGUUGUGGGCACGCAGAACGGGUACGUUCGAUCCACGCGUGUGGUUACAGUCGCGUUCAUUGACGCUACGUUAGGUGCGAGAACAGCACUCGAAGGAGCGACUUGUACACCGGGAACCACAUCGUUCACUGCGAAGGGAUCAACGAGCCAAAAUGUGCGGAAGCCGUUGGCUUCUUCCUCUCCGGUUUGUUCUGGUCGAUUCAGUGGGAAUCGACGGGCUUCGAGUGCUUCGUCGAGGUGGAUUCGAGCAGCCACGACGAUACACGGAGGUCUUCGGACGUUGAGUGCGUGUUCAAGCGCUCGAUAAACGUACUCAGGUGUGCUGGGUUCGACUACGAGACAAGCGAAGGUUACGCUCUCGUCGUGUGACGGUGCUGGGGCUACUGCUCGUCGGUCGAACACUACAAAGUUACCGAAUUGUGCCGGAACAUACGUGGUUACGAGCAUGUGGAUCAACAGUUCAGCAGACAAGCCACCGAUGUCCAGGUUGCCCGGUGUAGGCUUACGAGCGAAUGUCGCGAAGAGCACUACCAGAGGUCUCACGUGUUUGGUUCGUCUUGCAUCGGUCGAGCCAUGGGGCGGACUACACGCUCCAAUCUGUAGCGCAGCCUUCUGUAGUGCAGCGAUAGCCAUACGCGCUGAUAACCUCUCCAACCAACUGGCACUAUGGCCUGCGUCGAAGUAGACGUUAGGGACGGGUAGUGGUAGGCGUUCCAGGAAGGUCGGCACGGGCAUAGGUACACAGCGUAGAGGCGGCAGUUCGUAGACUCGAGGCUUGUAUAGAGCUAUAGGCUUCGUGUACUCCGUCACGAGGAUCCAGUUACGUAAUUGCGGCUUAGCUGGAUGAAUCGUGAUGACGUCGCGUAGAGGAACCGGGUGAGUACCGGUCCGGUCUUUGGCGGUCACUGGGGCUCUCGGGUGGAAGUCACAGACGCUUUCCGAGUACUUUGAGACCCACCGAGCAUUCUGAAGUGUGUUUUUUAGCUUGAAAAAAGACGACGGCCGGGUGGAAUCCUUGUCGCCUCUGAGUGCUCGUGGUAAGCGAUCAGUUCGAAUCUGUUCGAGAAAUGAUCGGAACCAAGAGCGCGUGUGGAGUUUACGACGCAUUGUCUUGUUCCAAGCAGUGGAGAGCUGGUCUAUCGCUCGGUAGAUUGGAUGUCGACACUCGAUUACAGUGACGUACUGCUUUAACUUCUUGUCAUAACGCAGACACGCACGUUGCUUCAUGAAGAUCUCCUGGAUCUCCUCUGCUCGGUAUUUUCGUCGUAGUUGAUCCAGUUCCCAAUUCGCACACAUGAGAGCACUCUCAGCCGUACGAACCUUUCUAGUCGCAUCGCUAGGAUCUUGAUGCAAGUCGCAGUGACGUCCAUUGCUUGCACUCCAGCAGUUAAAACAAACCUU